AUGUCUGACGAAAAAACACCAACACCUCCGCAGUGGGACACUUUCCAGCGACUAUGCCACAACAUUCAAAUCGUUGCAUCGGAUCUCUCUGCGACCAUUGACAAGAAAAGGCAUACUCUGCCCAUCAGUAGCGAGUUCCAAUUCGCGGCCGCCGACCCUUUGUGCGCCCAGCCUGUUAACCAUCCCGGCCGAUUCGACGCCGAGAUCGCCUCGUGCGUCGUCCACGGAAGCAUCCCCCCAUGCAUCGACGGGACGUUUUACCGCAUCAUCUGCGACUUCGUCUUUGCCAACCGUAAUGGAUAUGACAUCUGGAUUAACGGUGACGGUGCCGUGAACGCUUGGAGAAUCUCGAACGGCGUGGUCGACUUCAAGCAGAAGUUCGUUCGGACCCCGCGCUUCAUCCUAGAACGAGCGGCUCGGAAACCACUUUGGGGCACGUAUCGAAAUCCCUACGCAGGUGACCCGCGAGUCUUUGACCAGGUUCAGUCCACGGGCAACACGCAUGUUCAGUGGUGGCAGAAGAAGUUGCUUGUCCUCAAGGAAGAUAGCCCGCCGUUGCUCGUAGACCCUGACACAUUGGAUACGAUUGGGGUUUACGACUUCGAGGGCCAAAUGACGGCCAAGACGUUUUGCGCCCACCCCAAGACGGAUGUUUCCACUGGUGAGAUGCUCGGUUUCGGCAUGGAAGCUGCUGGGCUUGGCUCGAAUGACCUUGCCUACUACAGGUUCAGCAAAGAGGGGAAAUUGCUGGAUGAGUGUUGGAUCAAAACUCCGGUCGUCACCUGGACCCAUGACAUGGCCGCAACUGACAAUUAUGUUAUCUUCGGGAUGACGCCGCACGAGUUUGACUUCAAGCAUAUGAAGGAAGCUAACGGAACUCAUUUUCGACGGAAUCCUUUCCUUGCCAACCACUUUGGUGUUCUUCCACGUCGUGGCCCAAAACCUGAGGACGUAAGAUGGUUUACCUCGCUAAAGAACCACUAUUGGGGCCACGUCUGUAACCAUUUUGAGGGCAACGACGGCUGCAUUUACAUCGAUACCUUCCUCCACGAUACGGAUGCACUUGGCGUUUUUCCCAACAAGCAUCCCGAACUCGAGUCUGCGCACAAUCCCGGCCACCGUCCUCCCGUGGGCAAGUUCGUCAGGUUCAAGAUCGACCCAACCGCCGAAAGUACCGAGAUGGAGCCACCGAAAAUCAUCAGCGAUGUGGCCGGCGAGAUGGCUCGUUGCGACGACCGCUACACUACGAAGCCCUACAACCACGCCUUCGGCUCCGGCGGCCCCACACCCCGGGGUUUCGGUGCCGUCCUACACAUUGACAUCGCCGCCGAAACCACAAAAAUGUGGAACGCAGGCCCGGAUGUGACGGUCGGGGAGCCUUGCUUCGUCCCACGCUCCGCGGAUGCGCCGGAAGCGGACGGAUUCCUGGUCGUCUCCUGUCGCGACCACACCACGACCCUCGGAAGCCUCGUGAUCCUAGACACGCGAGAUAUCACGGCGGGUCCUGUGAGCAUUAUUCAGCUUCCGUUCAGAAUCAGAGAGGGUGUACAUGGUAAUUGGCGUAAUGUUGUCAACAUAGGCCUCCUUACUGCAGCUGUCAAGCCCGACACUGAUGAUGUUCCCCAAUUCCACGAUGUCAUCGUCAUCGGUGCUGGCUUCGCAGGCUUAACAGCCGCCAGAGAUUUAUCCCUGAAAGGCCUGAGCGUACUCAUUCGCGAAGCUCGGGAUCGCAUCGGCGGCCGUACAUGGACUGCAAAAGGUCAGAACGAUGAUUACGAAAUGGGCGGCGGCUGGGUCCACCACCUGCAACCUCAUGUGUGGAGUGAGAUGAGUCGGUAUGGUCUCACGGCGACCGAGAAGAGUUCCGGGAUGGAGCAGGACAGCCCAUUGAAAAUCGAUGGUAACCUCCAAAGCAUGCAGGAGGCGGGCGCGUCGUUUGCCCCUCUCGCAGCUGCUUUCUUCGACGUCGAUGGCCAUGGCGGGCGAAUUGUUAUGCCUCAGCCGACUCGACCUCUCCUCAACCACGAAGCAAUCGCCGUGUGGGAUAUCAGCGCCGAAGAGCGUAUAAACCAGAUGGAUGUCACGGAGCAAGAGAAAGGGCUACUCAGAAUAUGGAUGUCGAUCUCAGGCCUGACUGAUGUAUCCCAAAUUGGGUUCUUAAGUCUGCUACGACUUUAUGCACUCUCUGGGUACAACCUCCAGCAAUAUCUUGAGAUUAACGGAACCUUUAAGAUCCCCGGAGGAACCACAGCGCUAGCCGAAAUGAUUUUCGCCGAAUUCAAGGGUGCGUCGUUAUUUAAUCGCCAUAUCGCUUCUAUCACCUCGCAUUCGACCAGUGCAACAGUUCAGGUCAAGGGUGGCCAAGAGUUCUCUGCCAGUCACGUUAUCUGCACCGUCCCAGUACAUUGUCUCGCCGAUAUCGAAUUCACACCUGUUCUGCCUCCUUCGGUAACCUCCAUCAAACACCAUAAUCUUGGCGGAAAGCUUCAUGUGCAUUCGCCAAAUGGAGCGGCUAAGUUCUUUGGCGUUACUACUCCUUCCAGAAAUGCCUGCUUUGGCUUUACCGAGUCUGCUUCCAAAACUGGGGGUGUCAAUAUAGUUGCUUUCAAAAGCGCCCGUCUCGAAGCACCCGAUUGGCCACAAUUGACGAUUCUGGAUGACGCCCUCGACGAUUUGAAGCCUGGGUCAGUGGACUUGGACAGUAUUAACGAGUAUCUCUGGCAUGAUUGGCGGAACGACCAGUUCUCCAAAGGAGCUUGGCCUGUCUACCCUGCCAAGGUUCUUUCGGAAACCCUCGGUACACUCAUGGACAACAAGAAUGUGUCUAGAAGGCUUACUCUUGCUGGGUCGGACUGGGCCGAUGGCUGGGUUGGUUAUAUAGAUGGGGCUAUUGAGCAGGGGCGUCGCGCUGCGUUCGCUGUCGCUGACGAAUUGGGCUCUCGGCGAUGA